AUGUCCGCGCGCUUUCGGAAUUGGGAUACUGGAAUCCCUUCUUGGCUCGUAGAAACGAGGGUUGGGCAAUCCAACCCGUCCCCGACCUGUAGUCGUCUCGGACACGCGCGGGAGGGAACAUUCAGCUCGUUCCCCUCUUCCUCCCUCUUCCUCCCCCGAUCCCGCCGCCGCCGCCCUCCCAGCCCCGCCGCGCCCCGCCUCCGCCGCGCCCGCCUCCUCCGCCUCGCCUCCGCCGCGUCCCGGCCUCCUCCGCUCCGCCGCGUCCCGGCCUCCUCCGCUCGGCCCUCCUCCGCUUGCCCCGCCGCGCCCCGCCCUCCUCCCGCCCCGCCCUCCUCCCGCUCGACCCUCCUCCCGCUCGGCCCUCCUGCCGCCCCACCCUCCUCCCGCCCCCGACCUCCUCCCGCUCGGCCCUCCUGCCGCCUCCCGCCGCCACCGCGUCCCGGCCUCCUCCGCUGCCGCCGCGUCCCGGCCUCCUCCGCCUGCCCCGCCGCGCCCCGGCCUCCUCCGCAUCGGCUCCUAGCCGCCGCCGCCCCGGUCAAGAUGGAGAUGAACAACGACGUUGUCACGGACUCGAUGUCGGAUUCGUCGGAUUGGUCGACAUCCGACGAUUCCGACAUUGAUCUAGUCGAGCACCAGUGGCAGUUGGAUGGGCAGCGCCGUGGCGCAUGA